ACCGCCGCUUACUCCAUCAUCGUCAUUCAUCAGCUAGCUAGCUAGCUACGCGAAGGAUACGAUUCAUCAAGCAGAAAGAAAAAAAAAGCAAGCACGGUGCGUGGUGCAAGCAAUACGCUAGCUGCUCAAGGAAGAAAGAAAGAAAGAAGCAUGGACAACAAGAGCGUCGCCACCGCCCGCGGCGUCAAGGUGACCUACAUCGAGACGCAGUUCGUCACCUCCGACGCCGCCGGCUUCAAGGACCUCGUGCAGCGGCUCACCGGGAGGUCCGCUACUCCGCCGGUGCCGCACAGGCCGCGCCCGUGCCGACGAGACUACGACUACGGCCGCCGGGGCACGGCCGCCGCCGGAGCUGAUGCUGGGCAAGGCUACCGUUACGCGGUGGCGCAGACGCGCCCGCCGGCCGUUAUUACCAGCCGCACGCCAUCGUACCUGCACGAGGACGGUAUGGGCGGCCUGCUGCACGACAUCGACAUGUGCGACUUCUCCGACUUCUUCUACGUCGGUGCCAGCCAUCGGAGCGACGGCGGCGGUUUCCCAUAUUGAUCGACGACGUAUAUAUAUGUCGGGGCCAUGCAUGGAUGGAUCCAGAUUAUUGGAUCAUUUUUCCUCUCUCUCUCUCUCAAUUGUUUGAGACGGCGUUUCAGUACAGUUUGUAUGUACCUGUGUACCGUACCUCUGUAAGUAUUUCGAUUCAAAUUUUGAAACUACACACGGUAUAGCUUUUGGUCCUCAUCAAGAGUCAAGAUCGAAGCACUCUCAAACUUGAAACUUAACUUGCAGUAUUUUUAUUUCAAAAGAACGAGGGUAUAUGUGCACA